CAUUGAAAGUCGAGGAACGGCCGACUGCUCGAGAGCUCGAGGGUCAAGAAAUAAUGUACGGGCCAGUGACACCUCGCUAUGAGGUUUUGGAAUUCCGAAGAUGUGUGUUAAAACCACCCUUUUCUCGACUAGGUGUCAAGGCUCUUUGUUUAGUCGUAGAGGGUUAACGGAGCGAUACACAACUGGCUCCGCCAGGUAAAAUGUCAACACGUGACGCGGUGGAUUCUAGAAUUCCAGGCGCCGACUGGGAGGAGACAGCAGCGCGAGAAGCUCCAGACCAACGCAGAAAGAGAACGGAGUACAACUUCUGCACAAGGCGACGACAGGUUGUGAGUCAGAGUGGAGCGUUGGGGUGCCUCGUUCAGAAGGAGGAACGCCAUGGGAACCAGACCAGGACUGGCCAGGAAGUCGACCAGUCACAUGACAACUAUAGGAGAGGAAGAGAACUCACAGGUUUGACUGUUGGACCGUCUGGUAGCCUCACACCCAGAGUGGGGCAGGGGGACGGUCAUGGUCCAUCUGUGGUUCUGAACAGGAAACAGCUCCAGACCAGGUUCACCUCCUACAUCUCCUUAAGAUUUCCACCCAAACGCAGGAGGAAGUCUGACCUCACAGAACACAGACCAGCAGAACUUAGGUGUUCUGUCCAAGACACAGCAGGUCCCAGGGGGGUCUCACAGCAGAUCAACAGAAUAAUCCCUCAACCUGAGCUUUCUGUGGAACCAGUGAGCCACCUACUAUCAUUAGAAAAAACCUCCCAUCCAGUCCAAGACGAUGUGGCCACGCCCCCAACAGGAAGUGGAUAUUUGACAUUAGACCAGAGACACACUCCUUGCCUUGCCUUUGGACAGCAGAGACAGACAACAGACAAUGGAACCACUGACACAGGCCUAGCAGCUGUAGAAACACAGAGCCUUGAACCUCCCACCACAGACACACAGCAGCUCCAACCCACUGACACUCAGAAAUGUCAACCUACUGCCAUAAAAAGUGCUAUCGACUCAGUGAUACCGUGUGUCUCUUCUGAACUAGCCAACUUAGAAAGACUAGACUCUAGAGGAAGUGACACCCCUGUAGCAGCGACCGCAUGCACGAGCUCUCCAGGGGUAGAUGACUGUUUAGGUAAAGGGUCUGUAAGGGUUGUGACGGGGAACUAUCCAGACUUAAACUCUUCAGGCGUUCCAUCCCUCCCAGCAGCCAUGCUGUCCUCCACCGUGGUGUCGGUGCUCGCCACAAACUGGGCCACACGCCGACGACAGAAGAAAGCUGAACAGGAAGCCCAGGGCAGCCAACAGGAAGUGAUUGAGGGGGGAUGGCUUUCAUCGUUGCGAAACACCCGGGAGGUAACCUCUAAAACUAUGAGAGAGCCAGCGGGAGAGAGGGGGGAUACGCCUGGUUCCCCAUCCCAGUGGAGGGCUCCUUCUCUGGGUCGCCGUGGAACACUGAGCAGUCACGGUGAUAGUACCAGCCCUGUCUCUCCCAUUUACUCCUCCAUGGUAUCACAAACUGACGCCUUACCCCUUUCUCGAGAACAGCAUGCACAACAGGGGAUAUCCCAAGCAGGUCGUUAUGGAGACCAACUGUCAUUUCUGAGCUCUAAACCGAAAACUAGUAGCCUGCUUCUUUCUCUUAGAAGGGUCAAUUCUGCUGGCCCCACCCACUCAAACACAGCCCCUCCCACUAUGUUCAGGUCAAUCAAUGACAGAGCAGCAGGGUCAUCUGUGCCACAGUCCUCUUCAGCCUCAACCAAUGACGGCGAACGAGAGAGGUCAAAGUCCCUCCUUUCCUCAUCUUCCACCCCUUACAGGACAAAAGAGAGGUCUUGGCCCCACCAUAUAUCAACAUCCCCCAAUCAGAGAGAAGCAGACACAUCUACGUCACGCCUUUUUUCAACCUCACCCAAUCACAAGGAACCAGAGGCUGCCUCCUUCUCCAACCCCUCCAUGACCUCUAGAGUGUACCCCACCCCUUCCUACUUCCCUAAACACACCACCCUCUCCAGCGGCCUGAAGAGGAUGUCCUCCACAGACCUAGAACUGACCAAAGAGGAUAACCUCACUUCUUCCAGAAUGUCAGACUUCCUGACGAGACCCCUUCCCAGGAGCACCCAGCUUGACUCCUCUUCCUGGAGCAAGAAUGUGACCAAGGACCAGAGUUUUUCUAACUCAAGCUCUCCUCUUCGCCCCACAAACAAUCUCAACAACAAGAUAAGUGAAAACAAAAACAAUAUGUUCCCUUCCUCAGACUAUUCUAAUAAGACUGUGCAAGGAAUACACGCCAAUAUCAACUCAACCCAGAACCCUCAAAGCACCAACAACACAAACAACUACUUGAGUCAGUUAGGUCAUCAUGGAAACCUCGGUAAGUUCCCUGACUCAUGUGCUAACACCCCACCGCUCAGACAAACUGUGACUCCUCAAGAGCCUGGGGACCAGCACGCACACGCUUCACACGCUCACACCUCUCCCACACAGCCCACAGACACACACCCCUCACACACACACGCUCCGUUUCAGAGUCACCAGGAUCUCAGUCCUACAAACACCCCAGGCCAGACGCUGGACCAGAAGCCUCGCAGUCUGUCUAAUGUUUACUACAGCACUAGGAUGAGCAGCGCUCUGAGACCCACCACAUUCAGCUGUUCCACCGUGAACCUGAGCAGAACAGAACCAGGACUGGACCGAGGGCACGGUGGAGAACAUCUCACUCAUAGUCUGGGGUCUCAGCUCCGCUCGCACAACCCUGGACCCUUAUUCUCCUCCUCCCCUGCCUCCUCCUCCUCUCCCCCAGUUCCCUCCCGCUACGCCCCCCGACCCUGUAGUUUCAUCCCCUUCUCCUCGGGACCUGUCUCAACAAGCCUCUGCUCCACCUCCACCGACCCUUCACCUUCCUCUGGCUCUUCUUCCUCCUCCACCCCUCAGCCCUUCCUUCCUUACCAUACCACACCCACAAACACAAAUACCACUUCUCAGCCUUUCUUCCCCAACAACUCCCAUCCGCCCUCCCUCUCACCUAACACUUCCCACACACCCAACACCCCCCCAAGCCCCCCUGACUUCCCACUCUCCCCACACAUCUCUCUUACCCAGGGAAUGAAACUGGCGUCAUGGGCCACCUGGCAGGACUCAGUGGAGCUGCACGGCGGGGAAACUACCACCAGGGGGCAGCGUUUCCCCCCUGGGAGCCCCCCAGUCCUCACCAGCCCCUUGUCCCCCCCCUCCAGACGCCACCAUAGCGUAGAGGGCCCAUCCAUCUUUGCCUCCCUGCGGUCAGGGAGUCCCUCUUGGGCCACUUCUCCUCGGUCGCCCCCUGCGGCCCGCAGCUCCAGCCUGUCAGUGUGGAGGGGGGGCAGAGAAACACAGGGCCCCUCCCACUCCUUUCUUGACUCUGCAGGAAAGACGGAGGGAGAGGAAGGAGAGACAGAAAGGGAGGGAAGAGAGAAAGAGGGCAGGAAGAAGGAAGACAAAGUGUCUGCUGGCAGCUCUUUAAAGUUCACGUUUGACCACACUAGGGAUGGUGGAACAAUACCGCAGAGAAAGUUCCCAAAGGAGAGCACUUCUUCCUCUGCCUCCAAUGCUCCUCUCUCCCUCCAGUCAGACUUUGGCAGCAGGUCCAGCAAGUUCAGCCCCCCUCCCUACCAAACACUCAAGGCUAACUCCCCAUCUCGCACAUCCCCAACCUCACCAACCACUUACCUCUCUAAAUCACCCUCUAAAUCCCUCUCUCCCUCCCCACCCUGCACUUUCCCCAUAUCUCCCCCAAUCUCCCCCUACUCACCCAUCCUCGCUCACAAGCGGACUAGCUCGUGGGACCGUUCAAACGACGUUGUCACAGAGAACAACCGUGCCAACAACAGCCAUAACACUGCCCAGAUCAUCCAAGAUUGUGUGGCUCUCCACUUAUUACGCACAGAGACUCAUGUUGAUGACAUCACCAGUCCCUCGCCUGCCCCUUUUCUGUCUGCCAAUGUGGACAAACCUCUCCCGCCCUCUGCACGUGUCACCGUCGUGGAGACGCUGGUCUACAGGAUUCCUUCCUGUUCCUCCAGCUCCAAAGAUGGCAUCCAACUCACACACUCCUACUCCAGUCUGCAGGCUCCGUGCACUGUCAUCUCCAACUCUGACCCCUUACAGAUAGCACAUCGCAGACAGUUGACUGGAGGAAUCAUCUGCCAAUCACAGCAGAGUUCAAAUGACAGCAAUGCAUUAGGUCAACAGUGCCCUCCCACUGGUCAGAUUAAAGGUAACCUGUUGGAGCGUACUGACAAAGGAUGGAGAGCGAGAGAGAUUCCUGUUACUGAGAAGAAAAGUGAGAGAGAGUGGAGAGAGAGAGACAGUCCCCCUGAAGCCCCACCCCCCAGCCAGGGCAACAGAAGAGGACUGUUCAGAAAUAAGAAAGAGCGAACGGCCAGCAUCACUCCUGCUGCUACACUAGCUAGAGGGAGAGAGACCGCCCAGACUGAGAGAGACAAGAGAGAAAAGAGAGAUGUAGAAAGGAGAGAGGGGGAAGCGGAGAGAGGAGAGAGGGGACACGAAAGAGACAAGAGGGGGCUGACCAAGAUGGAUCUGGUCCUCCAGCGACUCAAACAGACGUUCAACAUCAAAUGGCCAAACGAUGAGCUCCCGUCGCGACGGAAGAGGACGUCCCCUCCAACCUCUGACCCCAGCACUGCCCCUGGCACCGAGGUCACCUCCGUGACGAGCAACAGGGGACAUGGGCAGGGGAGAGACGGUAUUAGCUCUCUCCAUUCCUCCUUAGCCCAGGGGAGCAGAGGGGAGGGAGGAGGUGAAGGAGGAAGAGGGGGGGUCUGUGUCCAGACUGACAGAGAAAGGACAGGACCAGACAUUCCCCCAGAGGGAACCGGAACUGGACAUUCACAAUUCGGUGUGUUGAGAGGUCAGGUUGGGGAUCACAACAGACACUGGUCCAGCAUGAUAGACCUCAGUCACCCAGAUCCACACAGGAGCCCCCUCUCUUCCCCCUCCUCCCCCCUCAGUAGAAAGGAUCGGGGGGGUGACAGCGUGUUCUACAGCCCCACGCUGCAGCCCAGAUGGGGGAGGAAGAAAGCCACCUCCCUCUGUGAGUCAGGGGAGGGGGAGUUCAAAGGCCAGGAAUCAGAGGUCAGGGGUCAGGGGGCUGUUCUGGCCUCCUGCUCGUCGUAUGCGGACCUGAAGUAUGGUCUCGCAGCAGGACGCUCGAUCUCUGUGAGUUCUGUUAUGUCCUCCAGACCCUUCGGCCCUGGACGCAUCUCCACUGGACCAGGCAUGGUCAGUGUCAGCGACCUCACUGACCCUGAUGAUCCCGCUGUUACGUCUCGAGGGGUCGCUACCUGGGUGGAUCACAGCGGUGCCGGCAAAGGGGAUUGGUUAAUGUCCAAUAGGAGUGGGUUCAGAUCACUGCCUAGAUACAGGACCAGGGGCUUAGAGGUUACCUCCCCAGGCCAGGUGCGCUCCACCAGCCUGGACACCUCGCACUUCCUGUGGGAAUCAGAGGGUCCCCCAACCCCCCCUCUGACUCCUCCCUCCAGACGGAUGUCUCGCUCCCCCAGCACUUCUCCCUCCUCCCCCCCCUGCUCGGCAGGUGGCGGGGUGUCACCAGAGAGCCAGGCCUCCAGGGGGCGCCUGCCCUCCAGGGGUUAUGUAUCCAGCCUCUCAGCCUUCGAGGAGUCGGAUGCAGACUCGAAUGCCAGCUCUGACACCACCACUGACGACGAGUAUUACCUAGGAGACGGGGACGCUGAGAAGGAGACAGAACUGUGAACUGGUCUCCUUGUCUCCUUUCCUAGUCCCUUUUUCUUAAAUUAGAAAGUAAAGAAAGAGAACUGACUGAUGCACGCUUGUUUAGCUUGAAAGAAUAUCAAUAGGAGGAUGACACAGAACUGUACCAGAACCAACCAUUUAGGUAAACAUGCCUGGUGGUACUGGUUAAAAGUUGGGACAAUGAUAAGUAGCCGAUACAUACAGAGAACUUUCUUGAGAGACACUUUAGGUGAGUUUAAUGUUACUAAACAGGUUAAAUUAAACAUUUAAUGGAAAACCUUGGUGCCACCAACAUCAUCAGUAUGCUUUUAUCGGCUGACAUGUCGUAAUUGACUCUAAAGUUUCUGUAUAGUGAAAAUCCAAUAGUAGUUCCACCUUAAUGCUAAUGUAGGGUAACAUGAUCUGAGGUUUGCUCUCGGGGGUAAACACUUCUCCUGUCGGCUCUUGUCUUUGAAGCAGCUCCAGAAAUAUGUAUUGCGGAAUGUCUGUUCUUAAAAAAACAAUACUGGUGAUAAUUAAUAUUUCACUGCUUUAUAAAAGUGAGUCAGUUGGUUUACUGAGGAUGUUUUCCAGACGAUUUUAGAAUAAACAUAAGCAUAUACAGUAA